AUGCCAGUAUCCGAAAACCCGAACGAUACCUUGAGCUACAAAAUCACUCCAUUCUCGUCAUUCACGCCGACCGAAUACGCGCGACCGGUGUUCACCCAGACCGAAUCCGUGCGACCAGUGCCGUAUCCAUCUCCAAGUUAUACCGAUUGGAACUCCCCACCUGUUCUGUAUGUCAAGGAGCCGCUUGGGUUCAUAUACCUCUUUUCCACCCCUCAUCAUGAGUCUCUGAACGCGGUGGGCGAAGUCAGGAUCGGUCUGAUCCUUCAUGAGAAGCACCGGGGGUACGGGUAUGCUCAACAGGCUGUGCAGCUUGUCGUGGAAUACGCGUUCGAUGAGCUCAAGUGCCAUCGCAUUCAAGCUACACUACUACAGACGCCGCUGAAAGCACAUGCGCUGAAAUUGUUCACGCGAGAGCGAUUCAGCCAUGAGGGAACCCGCCGAAGUGCUUUCUUCAGUCCGCUCGAACAAGAAUGGAAGGAUACAACUAGCAUGGCGAUGAUCGAUACAGAGUGGGUUAUCCGUUCCUCGUUGCCUGGAGCGCCGCCGACGCUGUGGGAUGAGAUGUUCCUCCGACAUGAGAGGGAGCGUGAUACGCUUUUGCGAUGGGAACAAAUUGGUAGGGAGGAGGAAAGGCGGCUCCUUAAAAAGACCUCUAGCAUGGAGACUAUCCGGUAUGACGCUGGCUCGUAUUCGAGCGACCCGAAAGGAAAGAGGAAGGCUGUCGAUUUGGAGGACUUUGUGGAUGAUCAAGAGUACCUUGCUGCGAGUGGAGAUGUUGAUUUGGCAUUUGAUGCGGAGGAGGAAGAGGAUCCCGAUACCAAGCGCCCAAAGCUUGGUUCUACACCUACUUUCGGGAGUUCCACAACCUUCAUUUUCGGAAGUCUGGAACAAACGCUGACCUCUCCCCCGAUGCCCUCCCCGGGAGUGUCUUACGGCCAAGACCACGAUGGAGACAGCAGCUCCUCCGAAAGCUCCUGGGAUGCUAUGGAGACAUCGAGCAGUUCCUCCUUCGACAGUUUAUCAGAUGUAGAUUGA